UAACCUUCAUUACGGAAACAUCGGUAUUCAAAGAAUAAUGUCAACACUACACUGGGGACCCAAUCCAGGAAGUGACAGCUGGCCAAAGACCACUCAGGGAAAAAUCGCAUCCGGAGGUACCUGGGCUGACGACUUCCACACCUACACCAUGGACUGGGAUGCAAGCGGCAUUGUCAUCUCCGUUGACGGUGACGUCAUCCUGAACCAGCCCACUCCCUCAAACGGAUACUUUUCAUUCGGAGGCUUCAGCGGGAUCAACCCAUGGGCUGGACACGGCAAGGACGCCCCCUUUGACCAGGAGGUAUUGAAUUAG